UGUUUCGCUUCUCCGUGUCUUCUGGGCAGGUGGCGGCGGCGGCGGCGGCGGGGGCGCGCGGGGUCCGCACGUGCCGCUGCGGCGGCGGGAGCGCGGGGAGCGGCGGGCGCCGGGAGAUGAAGUACCUGAAGCCAUGGUGGUCGGACGGCGGCGGUCUCCUGCACCUCACCAUCCUGCUGAGCCUGGCGGGGCUCCGCGUGGACCUGGAUCUCUACCUGCUGCUGCCGCCGCCGCCCCUGCCCGGCGAUGAGCUGCUGCUGCGAGGUGGCCCGGAGAGCCCCGCCUACGCGCUCAGCCCCUUCCCCGCCUGGGGAGGCUGGGGGCGCGCCGACCAGCUGCACCCCAAGGGCUGGGAGCCUGACCCCGCGGUGCCGUCCGAGGGACGACUACUCCGGGAGGUGCGCGCGCUGGGAGUCCCCUUCAUCCCGCGCACCCGCGUGGAUGCGUGGCUGGUGCACAGCGUGGCGGCGGGGGACCCCGACGGCGCGCACGGGCUCCUCGGUGCUGCUGCUGCCACCUCGUCGGCCGGAGGAGUGGGCGCCAGCGUGGACGGCGGCAGCCAGGCGGCGCCGGGCAGUGGCGGCGACCCUCGAGCGGCUCAGAACAGUCCCUUGACCGCCGGAGAGGAGGAGACUGCGCCGGCGGAACCGACGGCUCAAGUUCGGGACGCCGCAGCACGAGCCAAUGAGGAGAAUGGGGUGCAAGAAACAGUGGAUCACAAUUCCCAGCAGGAGGAAGAUGAGCAAAUGACCUUAGCCCAGGAGAAACCACUAUUACAGAAGAAUGAAGGUGAAAAUAAAACAACAGAUAAACCUGACCGGGACACAGAAAAACCUGCUGAAUCUCGAAGUGAGAGAUAUCCAAAUGGAACAGAAACCCCUCUCUCUCUGGAAGACUUUUUCCAGUUGUUUCCAUCACAGUCUGAAAAUUCACUGGAGGGCAUCUCACCAGGAGAUAUUCCUCCUCUUGGAAGUAUGAAUGAUGGCAUGAAUUUUUCAGCACAUAAUAUCAAUUUUAGCCAGGCUCUAAGUCAAGACGUGAGUCUCCAUGAAGCUAUGCUGCGCUGUCCAACAGACGGUACAUUUAGAAGUGACGCGGCAGCAAGAAUUUCACAGCCGCAAGAACCAUUUCUACAGUUAAAUUGUCAAACUACCAAUCCUGAACAGGCUUUUCCUGCAACUAACUGGACAGGGCUUUUUCCCUAUGAUGAAAAUCAAAUGCGGAACCUACCGAGUCAAGACCUUCAUUGUGACCUGGAUACAAACAUAUUUGAUGAGAUAAAUUUAAUGUCCUUGGCUACAGAAGAAGGUUUUGAUCUAAUGGAAGCUUCUAAGCUUUUUGAAGAACCAGAUUCUGAUUCUGGACUUUCCUUAAAUUCAAGUCACAACAGCACCUCUGUCAUCAAAUCUAAUUCCUCACACUCUACCUAUGAAGGAGCUAUAGGCUAUAGCAGUGACUUUGAAUCUGUUUAUCAUCAUGACUUAGAAGUAGAAGGGGCUGUGGGAGGUUACUACCCAGAGCCAAGUAAGCUCCAGAGUAACUCUUGUCCUAAUGGGGACCUUGCAUUUCAACAUGUAUUUCACAACCACACCUAUCACUUAGAGUCAAAUGCAUUAGAAUCCACUUCUGAAUCCUUUUCAUGGCCUGGCAAGACACAGAGAAUAAGGAGUAAAUACCUCAAUGACACAGAUAGAAACUUAAGCCGUGACGAACGGCGUGCUAAAGCUCUGCAUAUCCCCUUCUCUGUGGAGGAAAUUGUCCGUAUGCCUGUUGAUUCUUUCAACAGCAUGCUGAGCAGGUACUAUCUGACAGAUUUGCAGGUGUCACUCAUCCGCGACAUAAGGAGGAGGGGGAAAAACAAAGUUGCUGCUCAGAACUGUCGUAAGCGCAAAUUGGACAUAAUUUUGAAUCUAGAAGAUGAUGUAUGUAGCUUAGAAGCAAAGAAGGAAACCCUUAAAAGAGAGCGAGCCCAGUAUAACAAAGCGAUUAACGUAAUGAAACAGAAACUGCAUGACCUUUAUCACGAUGUUUUUAGUAGGCUAAGAGAUGAAGAAGGCCGGCCAGUCAAUCCAAACCAGUAUGCUCUUCAGUGUAGCCAUGAUGGAAGUGUUUUGAUUGUACCCAAGGAACUGAUGACCUCAGGCCACAAAAAGGAGAACCAAAAGGGAAAGAGAAAAAAAUGACAAGAAAUUUAAAGUUGGAUCCCACUAAAAUACAUAAUAUUGUGACUUUCAGAAACUGAUUAGAAACCACUGGGUUUCAAAAUCAACUUGCAGAGUAUUACCUAAUUAAGGAGUAGUACUUGAAUUGCUCCGUAAGGCUCAUUUCGAAGCUUAUCUGGACAAGUUUGAAAGCUGAUA